UGAGCUGGGCUGGCUGCCUAUUGAUUGGAAAACAACGGGCUGUGGGAGGACAGAUAAGGGUGGCUGUGGGCUAACGGGUGAGGAAGGGAUAACAGACCAAAGCUCAGACCACGCUGCCAUCUUUACCUCCCUGAUUUUUGUUUUUCUCCAGAUUUCACCGUGGAAUGAAUGUAACUGCUGCUGCUCGUCAUCAUCGGUGGGUUUUGCAGCAGAGGGAGGCUCAGGCACAGAUUCUCCUCGUCUGAGAAGAUCCAGCCUCCACACACCGAGCCAUAACAACAGCAUCACAUCUACUGCAGGGAUCAGAGACUAGCAGACAGGGGACACUAUGGAAGCCCCUCUCGUGUGCUUGGAUGAGGAGUUUGAGGACCUCCGGCCCUGCCGCAUGGACGAGCUGGACCACCCGGCGCUCAAACACUCCUCUUACUCCACCACCACCACCACCAUCCCCUUGGCCUCCAUCACCCGCGAGGACUUCUCUGAGCUGGAGAACUUCUCUGAGAUGAUGAGCUUCAAGUCGAUGGAGGACCUGGUGAACGAGUUUGACGAAAAGCUCAACGUCUGCUUCCACAAUUACAACACCAAGACGGAGGUCCUGGCGCCCAUACGCAACCAGUCACACAACCAGGAGGAUGAGGAGAGGCUGCAGGAUGAAGAUGUGUGGGAUGCUCUAACUGACAACUACAUCUCCACCUGGGACGACUCAGAGGGACUCAACGGCAAUCUGUCUGAGCAGGAGAUCCACGAAAAAGAGGAGGAGGAGAUGAAUGAGAAGAAUGACAACGCCAACUGCCUGAAGGAGGAGCCUCUCAUCACAGCUGAUCAGGUCAUCGAGGAGAUAGUGGAGAUGAUGGAGAACUCUCCGGAUCCGGGAGAAACUGAGGAGGAGGAUGAAGAGGAGAGCAGCCCCUGCUCCUCCAGGACCAAGCCCUCCCUGCUGGAGGAGAUCCGGCAGCUGUCGCAGGCCUCCAACAACAACUGCUCCUACGAAGGCCUGAGCCUGAUGCCCAGCUCAGCGCUCGUUGAGCUUCUGGAAAGGGUCGAGGCCGCCAUCCGCGAGUACUCUGAGGAGCUGGUCAGCCAGCUGGCUCGGCGCGAGGAGCUGGAGUUCGAGAAAGAGGUGAAGAACACGUUCAUCACGGCCCUGAUGGAGGUGCAGAACAGGCAGAAGGAGCAACGGGACAGCAGUAAACGCCGACGCCGGGACAAGGCCCUGAGCCUGCAGGGGGGGGGGGACGUCCCUGUGAUCGGAGGAGGGAAUACGGCCGCCUCCCCGGGCCACACGGAGAAGACGGGGAGCAUGCCUGUCAAGCGUUUCAGCAUGGAGGGACUGUCUAACAUCCUGCAGACGGGCAUCAGACAGACAUUUGGAAGCACAGGGAAUGAGAAACAGUAUCUAAACACAGUUAUUCCAUAUGAGAAGAAAGCCACCUCUCCAUCUGUUGACGACCUGCAGAUGCUCACAAAAAUUCUUUAUGCCAUGAAGGAGGACAGUGAGAAGGUGCCUACACUGCUAACCGACUACAUACUGAAAGUCUUGUGUCCUACCUAAAGCACCGCCAGGCCAGGGGGGUGCCACAGUGUGACGGAGACGGCGUUCCAACCCUCCUCUCCUCUGGCCCGAGCUGCAUGACCUCCCAUCUUUUACCAUUAUCAACCAUCGGAUCCUCCUCACCAUCGACAUUAUUGUAUUCACCUCAACUAUGACUACUGCCUUUCGCUGAGCUCACUCCCCCCCCCCCUCCUCCUGCACAUUAAGCUCAGGCCAAACCCCCACAUGGCCAUCUGAAUAGUUAAACAAGUGGAAUCCCUCUUUUAAAGGACUUCACUAAUGGAGCAUGACAUGCUAUUAAUGAUCACAACACCACUUCGGUGCAGGGAGACGCGCUGUUGUUGCUUUCUUUUCCUUCAUUUCAUUUUGUUUCCUCUAACAGAAUCUCAAAGUUGCCAAGUUCUGACCCUCCUUCAUAAACUGAGCUCUUCCCCACUGGGUUCUGUUGAUUGUUGUAUUCAUUGAUUCAUAAGGACUACACUGUAAAAUAACCUCCCUGUAUUGUUUCAGAUGAAAACAGUGACUCAUUUGAAUACUAAAGCCAUGCACCUUUUUCUGCCAGUUUACGAGUACUGUAGCUCCGCGUGGAGGAGAAGAAACACACGACUACUACGGGUGCAGUGCAGCGCAUUAUAAAGCUUCUUUUCUUUUUUGCGUCACUAUCUGAAUAUCCAGUGCACUUCGGACUUUUUUGAAGUUUCUUUUAAUUUGUAAUAUCUAAAUAUUUGAUAUAAACUCUGUUGCUGAUUUUUCUACUUUUAUUUACUGUGCCAUUUGAGCGAAAGGCUUCUGUGCAUUCCACCCUGUUCAGCCACGUGGAGGCGUAUCACCGAGAGUCAUCCUUGAGAUAUAGAGCAUCCCCCCGAUGAGAUGAGCUCAUUUCAAUAAAAAGGCAUGCAUAUUAGCAUAUUUAUGACUUCCUUUGCUUCAUGUAGGUGAAUGUUACAUCGCUAAUCGCAAAAUUCUAAUAAACAUUGUACCCUAAAGUGGUGACUG